CCCCUCUUCCUUCCCUCCUGUCGCUACCGAAUUUUUAGUUUUUAAACCCUCCGUCCUUCUCGCCAUCUCUCUUUCUCUCUCCCUACCAACUUCUGAGAGCUCCCUCUCUCCCUCCCCCCUCUGUGUAUCUGAGCGUCUGUCUUCUCGCCGAUGGGGCAGGUAUUGGCCACUAUUCAGGAUAAAAUCCAUGGGAGGCAGUGGAAGGAGAGGCAAAUACGGAAGAUAACCGAUCACGUCUUCGACCAUAUCAGCGACGCCGACUCCAAAUCGGAGGGCGGCCUCUCUUUCCCGGAUCUUUACAUCGCCGUCCUUCGCGUCUACAAUGAGAUCAACAAGCGCUUGCCUGGGCCUCAUCACGACCCUCCCUCAAGGGAGAAGCUGAAAGAUAUGAUACGGGAAUAUGAUAUUAACCUUGAUGGGCUUCUUGACCGUGAAGAGUUUGCAGAAUUCAUCCAUGAAUUGACAGCUGAUACCAUAACUACAGUCAGUCGGAAUCUGAUACUUGCAUUGGUGGUGACUCCAACAGUGGCGCUGAUGACAAAGAGAGCCACUGAAGGGGUGCCUGGUGUGGGCAAAGUAGUGCAGAGGUUGCCAAAUUCCAUGUAUGCCUUAAUUGUUGCUCUUGGGGUUGUGUUGGCCCAAAAAUCUGGUGAAUGUUGUGAAUAACCAAGCCGGGAAUUGCAUAAAGAAUGUUUCUAAAAGCUGAUUUGGUGCUUUUCUCUUUCUUUGUAAAGGAUAAGUCAUAUCUACUCAUGUCGAUUGUCAUCAUAUACUACAACAUUCGAAGAUAUUGGUUGUUCUUCACAGCUAUUUUUAGGUGAUCAAAGGAUUUAAAUAUUAAAUAUAUCUUGUCAUAUGCUAGGCUGCCGUAACAAGUUUACAGUUUGGUCGAUGUUUUUGUCAUGCUAUGAUUUUAUCCAUUUGUGCUGUAUUUCUAAUCUUUAUUUUUCUUGAACUGCCUUCUAUUGUAAACUUUCAACCAUUCCAGCACUGAAAUAAGGAGGAAAUUGAGCUUUCCUUUUCA